GGAUGUUUGAGGCUUCGGCCCCGCCCACCGAGCCAGGAAGUGAGCGGAGUCCGGGGCAACUCUGGACAUGUCCCCCGGUAACUCCCGGAACGUGUUGUGUCCAUAACCUGAAUCCAUAGACAUGAGUGAUGUGGUCUUGUGGAUAUUCUUCAGUUGAUGAAUUAUUGUAAUUUAAAAGAAGCAGUAAAUCCGUUUCAGAGCAAUAUUAUCCCAGAGCAAUUAGAUAUGGAGUCCGACGAGGAGAGAUAUUUAGAUGAUUACUUUUAUUAUAAUGGGGAUGACGAUGAUGAUGAUGAUGAAGAUGAUAAUAGUUGGGGCGGUGCUGAGUCUGGGACGUACUGCGGGUUGCGCCCAUCUUUCCUUUUUCCACCACUUAGGGAGUUUAAUCUUCCGGCUCCCACAGUAAGAACAAAAGAGGAAGCUGAUCGUAAUGCAGAGGAACUUCUAGAAGAGGAGAGGCGUAAGAGAGAGAAAGGGGACCGGAAGAAGCUUAAGAAGAAGAGACAAAAAGAACGCAAACGACAGCAAAAACUUGAGGAGUCAAAAAAUGAUGUAAACAAAUCAGAAGUUAAUCAGGUAUUAAUAUCUCCAGCCAUAGAUUGUAGCAAGAUGUCACAGACUACAACAUUUUUACCGGAGGAUUUGGGUGCAGGAAAUGGAGACCCCACUGAAUCAGUCAGUGAGGAUGACCUGGACCUAGAGAGCACUUUUGUUCAACAGGCUCAAAAAAAGAUGGAGAACAAACCAAAACCUGAGAGAAAAGAGAGAAGUUGUGAGAGAUCGGCUGGCGGGUCUCUGGACAGAGUGAGCGAGAGAUCUGUAGAGAGAACCCCUGAAAAAUGUCCAGAGCCCGCCCCUGCAAAAUUACACGGGAAACCCCAGGAGAGCACCAAGGAUAAGGUGAUGGCUGCUGAUCGCUACCAGAUUCAGCAGAGCUUGGAUUUAGCCACUAUAGGUAACCACAUGGCUGCUAGUGAAAGAUUUGAGGAAUCCAUAAAUUUUUAUACAGAGGCCAUUAAACUGAACCCUUCUGAGCACAGGUUUCUGGGUAACCGUUCUUAUUGUUAUGAACGAAUUAGGCGCUAUACAGAGGCUCUGCAGGAUGCUGAACUUGCUCUACAGCUUGAGCCUCACUUUAUAAAGGGACUAUUUAGGAAAGGGAAAGCACUAAAAGGACUUAAGAAAUACAGUGAAGCGAUCAACACUUUCCAGCUGUUGUUAUCAAUAGACGUCACCCAUACCGAAGCCGCAAUAGAAAUUACACGAUGCAAACAAAUGGUGCAGGUGCCUAAUGGUUCUGUUAGAAUGAAGGUGGUUACCAACUCAGCAUUUUACUCCGGUGUGCCGUCCCGUCGUCCUCUUCUCCCGCAUCCUGUGCCUCUGACCAGAGCAAGUAAUGGGAUUGUUCAGAGAUAUGUGGGUUACACAAGAGCAGAAGACACUAAAAAGGGAAAUCCCACUAAUACCCCAGGGCAGCUACUCACAAAGCAACCCUCGACUACAACAAACAGCAAGCUGUUCCCUGUCUGGGUUGGGAAUGUUACAUAUAGUGUUACAGAGAAGAUAUUGCGAUCUUUAUUUGAACCGUUUGGAAUGAUUCACUCUCUACGUAUUCUGUAUAGCAGGACUUGUGCGUUUAUAAAUUACACCAGUAAACAGUCAGCGGAGCAAGCCUUUUACUCACUGCAGGGGAAGGAUAUUGAAGGGACCACUUUUGUUUUACAACUAAGGAACCCAGAACAUUCCAACUUGAACCCAGGAACAGCGAGUAGCCAAAAGCCUCUCAAUUGAGAAAAAAAGGCUGCUCUGGGACAGUCCAACCUAUUACUAGAGGGCCAGAGCAGCUGCUUGGUGUGAAGGAGAGGGGCUCGUAGACUCAUGAGGGGGUUGGGUAAUGGGCUUAAGGACUGAUCAGCAAUUUACAGUUCAGGAUCUUGCGGUUUUUGAACAGCCGACUGUGGGUUCGGGGGUGGUGCCGCUCGCCUGGGCAGUGUGAGAGAGCAUUAGAGGGGUUGCUGUUCAUCCAGGAGGUGUCCGGUUUGUCCUAUGAUUAUUCUGGUUGAUACAAAUUUGUUCAGUAAAAUUUUCCAUUAAACCUC